AUGGUGUCUUCCUUGCAAAUCUCUCCAAGCAAUGAUUUCAUUUUAACGUCGUAUCGUAUUCGUAGCACGGAAACAUCGAAUUCAUUCAAAUCGAUUUUCUUUCACAUCUAUCGGCAGCUGGAUUGGCGGUUGUAUUUCGAAAAAAUCGGUGUGAACGAUAACGCCAAUAUAGCUGUGUGGAGCCCUCUGAUGGAUGGCCUCGUUGUGGGCACUGAAAAAGGAAAAUUGUAUAUUUUUAGAUCUGUUAUUUCGCCUCUGUCUCGUACCAGACCCAUCGCACAACCCUCCUGCCCAGAGAGUGCCAAUCAAGAUACUCCUCCACCAGCUAUGGACACUGUGUCUUGCUGUGUUUGUUACAAACAGAAUACUUGGAUUCCUUCGACUUGGAAGAAGAAGAAGAAGCAGCCUUCGCCUCGUCACUCUUCUUUGCGUUUUUAUUCUUCUUCGAGCGGCGAUUCUUCUUCUCUACUGUAG